GUUGGCAUUCGAAAUAAGCCAAUGAUAGGCCUGCUCCAGAGCUUCCUCUCCGCCUCCUCCGCUUUGCUUGCGAGUGCUCGGAGGGAAGCGGAUCGGUAGUGGCCGGUGCAGAAACGUUGCUUAGGCGGACACGAGAUGACCGGUUCGAACGAAUUCAAGCUGAAUCAGCCACCGGAGGAUGGCAUCUCCUCGGUCAAGUUCAGCCCCAACACCUCCCAGUUCCUCCUGGUCUCCUCCUGGGAUACGUCUGUGCGCCUCUACGAUGUGCCCGCCAAUUCCAUGAGGCUCAAGUACCAGCACACUGGUGCUGUCCUGGACUGCGCCUUCUACGAUCCAACGCAUGCCUGGAGUGGAGGAUUAGAUCAUCAACUGAAAAUGCAUGAUUUGAAUACUGAUCAAGAAAAUCUUGUUGGAACUCAUGAUGCCCCUAUCAGAUGUGUUGAAUACUGUCCAGAAGUGAACGUGAUGGUCACUGGAAGUUGGGAUCAGACAGUUAAGCUGUGGGAUCCCAGAACUCCUUGUAAUGCUGGAACAUUCUCCCAGCCAGAAAAGGUCUACACCCUGUCAGUGUCUGGGGACAGACUGAUUGUGGGCACAGCGGGCCGCAGAGUGCUGGUGUGGGACUUAAGGAACAUGGGUUAUGUGCAGCAGCGCAGGGAGUCCAGCCUGAAGUACCAGACCCGCUGCAUCCGAGCAUUCCCGAACAAGCAGGGUUAUGUGUUAAGCUCCAUCGAAGGCCGAGUGGCUGUGGAAUACUUGGACCCGAGCCCCGAGGUUCAGAAGAAGAAGUACGCCUUUAAGUGUCACAGGCUAAAGGAGAACAACAUUGAGCAGAUUUACCCAGUCAACGCCAUCUCCUUUCACAAUAUCCACAACACGUUUGCCACAGGUGGUUCUGAUGGAUUUGUAAAUAUUUGGGACCCAUUUAACAAAAAGCGCCUGUGCCAGUUCCAUCGAUACCCCACCAGCAUCGCUUCCCUUGCCUUCAGUAAUGACGGAACUACGCUUGCAAUAGCAUCGUCAUAUAUGUAUGAAAUGGAUGACACGGAGCAUCCUGAAGAUGGUAUCUUCAUUCGCCAAGUGACAGAUGCAGAAACAAAGCCCAAGUCACCUUGUUCUUGACAAGAUUUCAUGUUCUUAAACGCCAUGUUGAUGAUAAUAAAACAAUUGGUUCUCCCAGUGGUGGAUUCAUAACUAUUAAUAAAGAAACCAGGAAAUAUUAAUUUUGAUUUUUUUAUUUAUAGAACCUGAAAAUAAUGGAAAAGAGAUUUUUAUUUUAAUUUUUUUUUUUUUUUUUAAUGAAAACGUAAGUGCACAAGCUGGUUUGAUGGUUUGCUUGCAUUAAAGGUAUUUGGGCAAAUCAGACUUGAGAGCAGUGGCUGCACUUUUGAGAAUCAGUUUUGACCUUGGUUUUUGUUUCUGCUGUGGAAAUAAGUGUUUGUAAAUAGGAGUUAUCUAAAUCCCUUUGUGUUCUUUCUGUCCUUAAAUGGGGGAGAAAAGGCUCUGGAGCCAUUGCCUUCUUUGCUGGUGAUAGUUGGUAAUUCGAAAGCUGCUUCAGACUGCCUCAUGAGGAGGUUAAUCUACAAUUAAACAAUAUUUCCUCUUGGCCGUCCAUUAUUUUCUGAAGCAGAUGGUUCAUCAUUUCCUGGGCUGCUAAACAAAGCGAGGUUAAGGUUAGACUCGCGGGAAUCAGCUAGUUUUCAAUCUUAUUAGACUGCAGAAGGAAAACUAAUAAGAAAAGCUCCUAACAUCAUCUUGUGACUGUAAACAAUUAUUUAUUAGCAAACAAUUGAUCCCAGAAGGGCAAAUUGUUUGAGUCAGUAAUGAGCUGAGAAAAGACAGAGCGUAUCUGUGCAUUUGGGAAAGUCAUUGUAACGUAAUUGCAGUACAUUUAGACAGGCAUCUAUCUGGACCUGUUUCUAUCUCUAAAUGAAUUUUUGGAAACAUUAAUGAGGUUUACAUAUUUCUCUGACAUUUAUAUAGUUCUCAUGUCCAUUGCAGUUGCCCAGCCGCUGGUGAUUAAA